UAGAGAGAUUCUAAGGCAGUUGGGGAGUGGGGAAAGGUUCCCAAAGCAGUGCUAAGCUUCUUCCAGCCAAGAGGAACAGGGGAUUUGGAGCUGUGGUCCUAACUUUUAGCAGGUCCAUCAGAUUGCUGCUCUUCAAUUCCUUGGGUGCUCGGAGAGUCUGAAAAAUGGCAGCUGCAGUGAUUGCCCAAUUGAUCCCUAAAUUGCAUUCACUGGCCAGUAGCGAAUCUGGCUACUAUAUUGGACGGCAUCUAUGGUUUGGGCUGGUUGUUCUGUAUGGCAUGGUGGUGUAUGUGGCUCACAUCUCCUGGGCCCACAUCAAGGAAGAUUUUAUCUGCAGUGAAAAUAUCACUUUGCCAUGCCUGAUAACGUGUUUUGGGAAAAGAUUUCCCAUCCCUAUAAUGGGAACAUGGUACUUCUUCUACUUCAUCUUCAUAGCACUCUUCUGUCUUAUAGAAGUCUUCAUGGCUCUGCUCCGGGAAGAGCAAGUCAAGGUGAUGAAGUCCAUGGUGUCCAUGAUGUCCUUGGCAAAGGACUUAGAGGGAGGCCUGAUGGUGCCAAACAAGGAGCUGAGUAUUUCCUGGAAGAAAUCUAUCCUGAACUUGCAUCGGGAGAAGAGUCUCCUGCUUUUGUACCUCCUGUACACUCUUCUGCAGGUCAUCUUCCAGGGCAUAUUCUUAUUCAUACUCCUAUUUCGGCAGCGCCCACUGGUGAAACAAGGCAUCAUCCACUGCAGCACCAACAGCUGUCCUGGCCCCUACUUCUGCCUCAUACGGGGCUCAAUGGAGAAGGAAAUGUCCAUCUACAUCCUUGCUACCUUGUCUAUCUUUAUCAUCAUCCUUGGCACAAGUUUCCUCAUAUAUAGCAUCUACCACUACCUGCUGAAUAACCCUAACAUUUCCAAGAUGCAGAGUUCUUGAUGUUUGGCCCAACUGGGGGUCACCAAACUCUGGAAGCAUAUGAACAUACCCUGAAGUUGACUGCCAGGUUCUUGCUAUGCAUUAGUCCGUUUCCUCUGUGCAGUCAUAUCCAAGGUGGAUUCAUCACUUUCCUGAGACCUAGCAAGACAGAUGAUGUGGGAAGUCAGCAAUGCAGCAUCCUGCCAGCUUCACACAGGGGACUCAGGGUAGAUGCUUUAUAUGCCCCAUCACACAAUCUUGUAUGAUGCCAUCUAAGGGCAAAUACAACCUUAUGGCAAUGUUUCAACAGGUUUUCAACUAGUCAACAUAUUUACUGAGUCCUAAUAUGGUUCAUGUGUUGGAGCAUAUAUGACUUUUAAAAUUGGAAAAAGACAAAUACUAGAGGCAGAGGGCAGUAAAUAACAGCUUAAGAAGAAGCUAAUGGCACACGACACUGGCUUCACAAGUUGCUCUGCCCCAGGAUCAAGUCAGAAAAAGCUUCUCCAGAGAAGGCCCAUCCUUCCAUUUGCCAGCUGAACUAAGACAAAUGAAAGAUGUAGUUGAAAUACGACCGGAUAAAGCUGAAAAUAACACCACGUCCGAAUGAUCUAUGAUGGACCUAACUGAUACCAUCAUGCUACUACUGUAUUUUACUUAAGAACCAAAAUGGGUAAGGUAAUCACUUCCAAGUGACUAAGGUAAUUUAAACACAAGGGCACAGCUUGCCUAGCAUGUGAAAGACAAUCCUACUCCCUACAAACAAAAGAAACGAAGCAGGGAUACCACUUUUAUUAUUCAGGUAGUAGACAAAAGCUCCGGCUAUGAUCAGAGCUCCUGUAACACUUUUGUACCUAGCACUUCAGCCCCUUUAUGUUGUGUUGUUGUUACUUGAUUCCUCUUGAGUUUUUAUCUCUGUUGUUCAUGUUCUAAAAUUUGUUCUACCUACGUAGUUCAGGAUGGCCUGCAACUCCCCUGAAACCUAAUGGUGUAAUGGUCACGCCACAGCCUUACACCACAUUAUAUCCAACUUCAAUCUCGAUUUGAUUUAUA